GCCCCCAGCUUCUCCUACCAUGUGGUUGAUAUAAACACAGUUCACUUUCGUGACAAGCUUUUUGGCUUCAACAUUUUCUUAACUGUGCGCUCAUUAACAGCUGUCAGCAUGUCUGUGUCCGUCGACGUGAAUUUUCAAACCCAGAUUGUGUCUGUUUUGGAUUCCCUUACAAAGGUGGCCGUCGUGGAAAUAACAAAACUGUUCGAGUGUCACUUCCGUGCUAAAGGAACCACGGUUCUCAUUGAAGGACGGACAGAGCAAAAUGAAAUCCUGCAAACGUUGGACUCUGUCAAAAAGUCAGGCAAGAAAUGUCUUCGCAGUAUCGGAGUUCAAGUGGAUGAGGAGUUAACUGCCCCAAAACAGUGCUCUGUCUCAAAGGUGAGCAGUGAGGAGGGUCCUGCACAUCAUAUCACCCUGCUGGAGGCUAAUCAGCCUGCUGACCUAAAGUGCUAUGUUCUAGAACACAAGAUCAGUGAAUCAGUGCUUGAGGAUGUGGAGAUGGUGAAGGGGAGCAGUCUGGAACCAGAAUCCCCAACAACCACUGAGCCAGAAGGAGAACAAGUUAUCUAUUCCACCCCUAAGUAUCCAAACCACCUCUCUGGUACUGUUCAAAGCUCCCCAACUAAGCAGAAACUCCAGCCCCUCAAGACAGAAUCAGAGAAUGGAAUGAACACAGAAUGGGUGACUAAAGUCAUCUGUCAAAUGGUCCCAAAGGCAGAAGAGCAGUAUUCAACACCACAGGCAAAUUGUAAAGAAAAGCCUAUCCAGGUAGAGCCCCAGCAGGCCAGUGUCAGCACCGCAAAGGAGACAGCCUAUAGCCCGUCCACCUCAGGUGGGGCUUUGGCUCCUGAACAGGCUAAGAGAAAGUUGACAUCUAUGGGUGCAUUGGACCCUCCCUCUGCGGUGAAGAAUAAAAAGGUGGACUUCAAGCUAGACCAGAUGAUGAUGAUGAAGAAGAUGGAUUUCAAGCUGGACCAGACCUCCCUGGAGCACAAAUUGACGAGGGCCUGCUCAGUGCUGCUGGUGAACCUGCUUUUGGUGCCUGGAGGGAAGAAGGCUAAUGGGAGCUACUGUCACAACAGCAAGAGGUUCCCCAUGCCCAAGGACCUCAAGACCCACCAGGGCCUCCACACAGGCCGGCGCCUUUGCUGCUUCACUCAGUGUGGGAACGAUGUCUGGCGGCUUCAAAGCGUCCUCUCCCCGAGCCACUCCUACGGUUGCAAGAUCUGCGGGAAGAGUUUCAAACGCAGGAAGAUCUUGAGGAGGCACGAGCGCUUCCACAACGGGGAGAAGCCCUAUACAUGCUACCAGUGCUCAAAGAUGUUCGCCCUGCGGAAAAGCCUCCGCAGGCAUGAGAGGUUCCACACGGGGGACAAGCCUCACAGCUGCCUCCAGUGUGGGAAAAGCUUCCGGCUUAGGGACAAUCUGAAGGCUCACCUGCGCUUUCACACAGGUGAGAGACCUUUCACCUGCUCCUUCUGCUCCAAGAGCUUCAGAAUCCUCAGGAACCUUGAGGAACACAGCGUUGAUCACUUGGGAGUGACAGCGAAGUAGCUCACUUUCCGACAAAGAGAGCUGUUCCUAAGCAUUAGCACCUAGCAGCCUUUAUCGGCUGGUUGUGUAAGCCGCAUUACAAAGCUUAUCUACCUCUAACUGAAACUACUAAAUGUCCAUUCCUCAUUUAUAACCUAUCGUUCAGCAUUGGUUGUUUUUGAACGAUACUAUAAUUGUAAAUAACCAUUAUGACGGAAGAUGGGGACAGUGGAAAGAUCUGAAAUGAGGCAGUCAACCAUCCUGCGUAGGUUUGGAUUGUCCAGACUGAUCAUCUGAGUAAAGAUUUAGUGGACACUGAUGUCAUUAAUAGCCAUAAUGUUUUUCCAGGCACCGAUUUAUGCCUACUCCUAAACCAAAAAGUUAAUUGCAAUGGAGAUUUUCUAUUGAGCAUGCUGGACUAAGCUUAAUCUGGGUCUGGAAAACUGGCCCUAGGUCUUUACACUAUUUCUUUGGCCAAAACACUAUGGACAUGGAACUGUUGCAUGUCUCUUUGAAGAAUACAUAGCGUUGUACAUUGGCCAGGGCUGAGAUUAGUGUGAGGUCUUUCUCAGACAAUCUGCUUUCAUGAUACAUCCUUUCACUUUGUAGUAAAUACAAACAGAUUGUUCCUUUGUCUAUUUUGGUUUGUAAGUAGUUGUAAAGGUAGGCUUAAAUUGUUUGUUUUAUACUUUUAUCUUGAACCAUUAUGCCAAAUACUAUAGUAAUGCAGCAACUGUCUCUCCUUAUCUUUGUUCAUAGUGCUGUUUUUGUCAGGAAAACACCAUCCUUAAACUUCCCUGACGUCUACACAGGAAAAAGUAUCUAAAGACACAUGACUUAGUUUAAAAUUAAAAGAAUAGGAAGUAUGAUGCAGCCUUUAAUUUUGCAAAUACACAUUUGAAUGUUAUCUGUAGAGAGAAGUUAUUUCAUAUUUUUUGAUUGAAGCUGAUGUCUGACUUGUGAUUUGCUGAAGAUAUAACAAAUAUGACUACAUGACUUUUAUUUUUAAUCCAAAAUUGUUUGGGGGGAGUGUUCAUCCAUUUUAGAAUAAGGCUGUAAACAUAAGAUGUGGAAAAGUCCAGGGUUCUGAAAACUUUCCAAAUGCACUGUAAUUCCCUGCGUUAUCGUGAAAAUGUCUGUUUUAAGGUAUGUACUGUGGUUGGCCCUUUUGUCUGGCAAUAAAAAAAACACCACUUGUAUUAUUGGUUUCACUAAUGCCUUAUAAAAAUGGACACAUCAGAAGUGUCUGGUUGUGUGAA